UUUUUUGUGUCUUUUGUGCGCUCUCCUUUCUUUUCUUCAUCGAUUGAUCUUCUUUAUAUUAAACCCUACUCUCUUUCUCCUUUUCCCAUUCUUUCUUUCUCUCUCGGGAUCUGAUAUCUACUUCCGGUAACCUAUUCCCGAGGAGCACUGUCAAAUCUUGUCCCCUCUUCUUUCAGGGUCCCUUCUCUCGAUCCCUAGUCUUGUGUUGAAGUGUUCAAACUUUUGAUGAGAAGCAUACAGUAGCCAAAACACAUAAAAUUUUGUUUCGGCUAAUUCAUCUUCUAUCUAGAGUUUCUUCAGUUUUUUUUAUAAACAGGUUAUUAAUCUAUCACGAAGACGAGAGUAUGAAUUCAUUUUCACACGUCCCUCCGGGUUUUAGAUUCCACCCAACAGACGAAGAACUUGUAGACUACUACCUGAGGAAAAAAGUUGCAUCCAAGAGAAUAGAAAUCGAUUUCAUAAAGGAUAUUGAUCUUUACAAGAUUGAGCCAUGGGAUCUUCAAGAGUUGUGCAAAAUUGGGCAUGAAGAGCAGAGUGAUUGGUACUUCUUUAGCCAUAAAGACAAAAAGUAUCCCACAGGGACUCGAACCAAUAGAGCAACGAAAGCAGGGUUUUGGAAAGCCACUGGAAGAGAUAAGGCUAUAUACUUGAGGCAUAAUCUUAUUGGUAUGAGGAAAACACUUGUAUUUUACAAGGGAAGAGCUCCAAAUGGACAAAAAUCUGAUUGGAUCAUGCAUGAGUACCGCUUAGAAACCGAUGAAAAUGGAACUCCUCAUGAAGAAGGAUGGGUUGUGUGUAGGGUUUUCAAGAAGAGAUUGGCUGCAGUUAGACGCAUGGGAGAUUACGACUCAUCACCUUCACAUUGGUAUGAUGAUCAGCUCUCUUUUAUGUCCUCUGAGCUCGAGACAAACGGUCCACGUCGAAUUCUACCCAAUCAUCAGCACCAGCACCAAUAUCAUUUACCAUAUGGCUUCAGUGCAUCUGCUUACGCUCUCAACAGCCCUAACUUGCUAUGCAAACAAGAGCUACAAUACAACCACCUGGUACAAAAUCACCAUCUUCUUCAUGAAUCUCCUUUAUCAUUCCUCCAACUUCCUCAGCUUGAAAUCCCUAUCCAAUCACAAGAUAAUAGUAAUAGCAACUAUUUUCCUUACGAAACAAGCAACAACGAUACUAACUCCAGCCAUAUUGCUAACUUGCAGCAGUCUAAUCUCGCGCAUGAGGAACAAUUGAAUCAAGGGAAUCAGGUUUUCAGCUCUCCAUACAUUAAUAGUGGGAACGAGCAAACGAUGGACCAGGUCACGGACUGGAGAGUUCUUGAUAAAUUUGUAGCUUCUCAGCUAAGCAACGAAGAGGCCGCCACAGCUUCUGCUUCUCUACAGAACAAUGCCAAGGACACAAGCAACCUUGAGUACCAAGUUGAUGAAGAAAAAGAGGAGGAAAGGGUUUCCGACAUGGGAGAAGAAUACGAUGCUUCUACUUCUUCGAGUUGUCAGAUUGAUCUGUGGAAGUGAGCACUAAUAAUAUAUCAUAUACAUGCAUAUAUCUAUAUAUCUAUUCUAUAUACGUACACACGAACACUAAUCAAGUGUAGAUGAUGAUGGUACAGAAUUAUAUUUGCUUUGAUUGAUUCUUAAUUAAUUACUACAUUAUUGAACUUAUGUUAUAUGCAUAUAUACUUGUACUUGAUAAGAUUAACCAUAUUAUAAUUCUAUUCUAAAUGUAACUCCCAUAUUAUUUUUUAUAAAAAAGACGAUUAU